GUAAUUAGUAUCAGAACGAACUUUACUGGUAAGGUAAAACAAUAACCGAAAUAAAAAAACAAUACGUUAUUCCGAUUGUAUCUCAAGAUGUCGAACAAACUGAUCAUCCUGGCUCUCCUCGUUGGAAUAAUCUACAGCACUUCUGCUACUACUCCAGAGAAAACCGACUGCGGUCCUAAUCAAAUAUUUGACUCCUGUGGAUUGUCAUGCCCGCGUACCUGCAGAAAUCCUUCUCCAACUAUCUGCCCCUUGAAUUGCGUUGCUGGAUGCCGUUGUGUAGAUGGAUUUGUUAGAAACAAUAAUAAUGAUUGCGUUUUGCAGAAAGAUUGUUGAAAUUGAUUAGAAUAUUUUCAAAUAUGUUCUUUCCAAGAUUUAAUAUGGAAUUUUUUUAUGUUGAUUUUUGAGUGAAUUUUAUGAAAUAAAAUUACAAACAUUUGUUUAAAAUAGAUGACGUUGUUUAUGUAUAUUAUAGAUCGAGCAAUAUUGAAUCAAUAAAAUAAAGAAAAUUUAAUCGAUA